AUGCAGCCCGAUGCGCAGAAGCGGCGCUCGCGGUCCGGUUGCACUGAGUGCCGCCAGCGGCAUCGCAAGUGUGACGAGAAGAAGCCUGCAUGCACAGGGUGCGAGCGCGCCGGCAAGCAAUGCACCUAUACCAUGCGGCUCUCCUGGGGGGGCCGGCCCUUCUCCAAGUCCCGGUUUGGCGAGUGCAUGAAGAGCGAUCCCAGUCUGGUGCAGCUGCCGGUCGUCUCGUCUUCAGUUGAUAUCAACGACGGGAAAGAUUCUUCGCUGGCAACGCCGCCUCCCUCGUCAGCUUCAGACGACCCCAUCGAAUUCGAGAGCCGCCUGAUCAGAUAUACUCCGCCCACGCCCGAUGUUCAAGCCAACCCGUUCGAGCUGAGCUGGCUGCCGAAACAGCAGCAGAACCUCCUUGAUCAUUUCAUAUCAUGCACCACAUUGUCGAUGUCAUGUCAUUCGCCAAUUCAGGACAUGUUCUGCCGGGUUCUCGUGCCCAUGGCUACACAGACCCCUCAUCUCAUGAACGCCCUGCUGAGCCUUGCAGCCACUCACAGAUUGACCCUGGGCAUGGACCAAAGCAUGUCAGAGCUCAGUCAUCUCAAAGCCUCCAGCCUCCGUCAGCUGCAAGACGCUCUGGCCAGGCCCGGGGCUAGCUUGGACGAAUCAGUAGUCGCAACUACCCUUACCCUGUGCCAUUCUGACUUUGUCUCGGAUGGCCGUAGCCCUGGUUCAUGGCGGUCUCACCUGCAGGGCACAACGGCAAUAAUAUCUUCCUAUCUAGAGAAGUCAAAGGCUUCUCCAGACUCACUCACCAAUACCAUGUCUCUUCUGUGGCGAUGGUAUCUAUCCAUCGAAACCGUUGCUCUAUUAACAGGCAAUCUGGUUAUGCCAAACGAUUCCCGCGCCCUUCUUCAGAUGCGAAAGUUGAUAAGUGAUGAUAAAAUCGACGAUUUGGCUGGAUUCUCGUCCUCAUUAGGACCGAUCUUCAAAAAAAUCAACCGUCUUGCGAUAGAGGCUGACCUGGCUCUCAAACAAGAUGAAACACAUUUCCCUGCGGACUCGGACCCAAAGAACCGCAUUCCGCUCUCAGUACUCGAUGAAAGCUACCAGCUCAUCAAUGAGAUACAUUCAAAGAUGGGCCCUCAGGAACGGAGAUUUAGGCCCACGGUCGAUGCUUCGGUGCACAAAAAUGACUUUGCCACUGUUGACGAAGCCUUUCACCACGUCGCCCUCGUUCAAAUUUAUCGCCGUAUCCUCAAUCUGACCUCGACAGAUCCUUUGGUUCAGAGUUCGGUAAAACAUAUCAUCAGUCGGAUAUGCAAGGUUCGGUUCCUGGGCGAACCUUGCCCUGGAAUUGCCGUGCUACAACCUCUCUUUACAGCUGGCUGUGAAGCAUCUGCAGGGCCAGACAGGGACAGCAUCAAUACCUUGCUUUUGAAUUUUGAACAUCGCUAUGGCAUGGGAAAUGCAAGGAAUUGCCGAUCGUUUUUACAGGAUUUAUGGGCCAUGAGAGACAAGAGUGAUGAUGUAGAAGGGAAGACUAGAUGGGAUAAGGUUAUGGUUGACAAGGGACUUGAUAUCCUACCUUACUGACGGCAACGGUUUCGAAAGCUGGUUUCUGACCUUUUUCCAAAUGGUUUCAUGAUACCCUGUCCCUCGGUGGAUUACGCUCGCGUUAAGAGUCCUGCUUCAGAUGCCUCAACGAUAACCCCCCCUCUCCGGGCCGCAGAAGCCCAUGCAGAUGAUCUACAUCCUUUGCACCGCGGAGUGAUAUAACAAUAUCGCAUCCACUUUGAGACAAAGUGGAGAAGAAGAGGCCAUUCAAGUUGGAUGCCUCUGUAACUAAUGGAUACCCCCCGGGUUAAUUAAUUCCCUCCAUCCGUACAUAUGUUUCAAGCUCUGUAUAGCUUUAUACCUAUAUACAGUCCUGCACAUUUUGGCUAGAAAUGUCGAGUUAAUAUCUUCAGGAGUUGGCAUUCAGGGCGUUAGUAUGCUUAAUUUUUCCGGUGCAUUUCUUACCGUAUAGACUAGUGGAUUGUAUAUAUAGGGUUAAUUCAGUCUUAUUCAGUCUUAUGCUUUAUGUUUUACAAUACAAAGCCCUCUCUCUGGUCUACAUCUCUUCAUCAGUCAAUAAUGAAAGUGAUGUCAUUGAUUACAUAAUAAAGGAGGCUUAAAAUUAUUAAGCAUAUUAAGUCACAUGACGCUACCUUGUUGAUUAGUCAACGAAAGCUUUGGCCAACAACAUCAAC